UUCUCGCCCUCCCGCCUCCCCCGGUCUCCGCCUCCUGCCCCCCACCAGUCCACCACCGCCCGCCCAGUCGCCCUCUCCUCUCCCAGCGCACUCCACCGACUGCUCCUCCGCCUUCCCUUCCCAAGAAUCGGGACGAGGCCUCGGUUGGUCCCUCUCCCUCAGGUUUUGCAGUUGCAUAUCUAGUAGAGCUGCCUCCUUCCAGUUACUGAAAUGUCCUUUUUAUUCAAGUCAAACAAUGCUGGUACAACUGAGAAAAACUUGACCCUAGAAGAACAGCAAGAAAGAAUAAAUGAAUUACGCAAGGAUCUUGGUGAACAUUCGUCAGUAGCCAUUCAAGAUUUCCUUGCAGAUGCCUCAUUAUCGAGAUUUCUUCGAGCAAGAAGCUGGAAUGUGCAGAAAGCUAGUAAAUUGCUGAAAGCAGCUGUGAAGUGGCGGCUAGCAUUCAAGCCAGAAACCAUUUGCUGGGAAGAUAUUUCACAAGAAGCAGAGACUGGAAAGAUUUAUAGGGCAGACUACAAGGACAAACAUGGAAGAACUGUUCUUGUAUUGAGGCCUGGUUUGGAGAACACUUCUUCAGCAACGGGGCAGAUUAAAUAUCUAGUUUACUCUCUGGAGAAAGCAAUUAUGAACCUGACAGAAGAUCAAGAGAAGAUGGUAUGGCUGACAGACUUCCAGUCCUGGACAUUGGGAAGCAUACCACUGAAGGUGACACGUGAGACUGUCAAUGUCUUGCAAGACUGUUAUCCUGAGAGGUUGGGGCUAGCUAUCCUUUACAAUCCUCCUAGGAUAUUUGAGUCCUUCUGGAAGAUAGUGAAGCCAUUCCUGGAUCAUGAGACCCGCAAGAAGGUGAAGUUUGUGUACUCCAAUGAUAAGGAGAGCCAGAAGAUAAUGGCGGACGUCUUCGACAUGGACAAGCUUGACUCGGUAUUCGGGGGAAAGAACCCGGCUGGCUUCGAAUACAACAGCUAUGCGGAGCAAAUGCAGGAGGACGACAAGAAGAUGGGAUCUUUGCACGGCUCCAAUGAGGCUAAUGGCGCAGACUCGGGUGCCUCGAGCGAGGCCUCCUUCUACAGUGGAACCGACUCUCCGAAACAUGGAGAUGGAGAACACAGCGUGCCUAAGACGGCUGAGUCUGAUUAACCCGCCUGCUCGAACUGAGAUCAAAUAGGUCGAGAUGCGAUUAUCUAACUGGAACGUUUGUCAGAACCUGUAGCACCAGUUUACAGGCUGGUUAGAACCCUCUCGAUGAUCACGUUGUUGGAUCUGCGAGAAGGAAUGUAUAUUUGCUGUCUAUGAUAUCAUAGAAAAUCAGGAAAAGUUUGGACCAUCAAUGGCGAUGCAUGAAAUGAAUAAUAGUAUAAAAUGGACAUCCGCUUUUCUGAGGUAUGGAUUUGGUUAUUUA